UUAUUCUGUGACCGUCUACAACGUCGGACCACCUUUUCAGGAGCCGUACAUUAACCUCAGGACGUGAGAGCAGCAAUGGCUUUCCAGUCAAAUGUGAUCAGCUCGCAGCCUCAGGUCAGCGUCACACAGUACACUGUCUCCUCCGGGUCGUCAGAGUGGAGUUCAAAUGUGUGUGACUGCUGUGAAGACUGCGGCAUCUGUCUUUGUGCAGCGUUCGUGCCAUGCAUCCUGGCCUGUAAGGUCGCUCAGGACAACGGGGACAGUUGCUGCAUCCCCUUCCUUCCUGGUGCGAUGAUUGCUCUACGGACGAGCAUCCGCAGCAGAUACAACAUUGGUGGUUCGGUGUGUGAUGACUGGGUAGUCAUGGCCUGCCUGCCUCUGUGUGGACUGUGUCAGAUGGCACGGGAGCAGAAGAUGAGAGGAUAAAAUGAAGGAACGUUUUAUCUCAUUUUCAAAUUGCAAAGAAAGAGGACAUGUGGGAAUUUACAUUCCAUGGUCCGGAGACGAUUUCUGUAUUUUAGAUUCCAAUUAGAAUUUGCAUGACUACAAUUAGGUAUGGCAUUGCCAAAGGAUAUAGAACAAGGUUUAUAAUGUAAGAAUGACAGCCUGAUAAUCACACACAAUUGCCCCUUGGUUUCAUGUUAUUACACUAAACUAUAACAGCAUAUUACAAACUGUAUCAACUAUAAAUAUAUAUAUUUAGAAAUCUGAGCAGUGGGAAGCGAUUCAGACUGAUAACCAGGCUAAAUAGAAAGAAAUAAUGAAUUAUGUCAAAAGGCCUAAACUUUUCUUUAAACCAUUGCCUUUAAUAGUAGUAAUUUAAAUAUGGACUCACUGUGAUGAAGUUGUCUUUUUGCAACACACCAGUGAGGACAUGAAGAAGGAAAUGCUGAGAUUUACAGCAGCAAUGACUUUUCCCUUUUAGUAAAUCAACUUAGUGGUGAAUUUACACACAUUAUUUUGGAAUGUAAGUAUACCUGAAUACUCCUUUCUUGUAUACAAUGAUAUUCAAUAAUGUAUAUUGUGUGUUUGUCUAAAAUUCUCU